GAGAGAGAGAGAGACAGAGAGAUCCCGUAAAUGUUUAUACUCUGAUUUCUAGGGUUUGCUUUUGAUUCUCUUUGGCGUUCCAGAUUAUAAAAAUUUCAGACUUGUUUAUAAUUUUCAAUUUCGUGAUUUUCGUCGGUGAGUUUAUCUGGAAAUCUCUGAAUUUUGGGGUUAUUCGUGGAGGGAAAAGGUUUCGUUGUUGGGAUGGUGGAAAUGAGAAAAUCUGGAAGUUUAAGACCGGAGUCUGAAUUGGCGGCGAAGUGUCGAGAUGAGCUGCCGGUGAAAUUGGAGAUAGCUGAGGAUGAUUUAGAAGAAGAGCAUGCUCCUCUCAACAAACGAUCUAAGUUGUGGAGCUCUGGGGCAAGCUCGUCGCCAAUGGCACCAGCUAAGUAUAACCCGCUUGAUGAGCCGAGUCCUCUUGGAUUGAGCCUUAGGAAGAGUCCAUCUCUGUUGGAGCUGAUUCAGAUGCGGUUAACGCAUUGUGGUGACCCGAAAGCUGAAAUGAUUCAAGCUGGUGCAGCUGGUUCUGGUGUUAAGAAAGAAAACAAAGGUAUCGCUGCUGCAUCAGCUGGAGCCACUUUGGCGCCAGGAAGUAUUGAGAAGCUGAAAGCUUCCAACUUUCCUGCUUCGCUUUUGAAGAUCGGGCAGUGGGAGUAUAAAUCGAGGUAUGAAGGUGAUUUGGUGGCCAAGUGUUACUUUGCAAAACACAAACUCGUUUGGGAAGUGUUGGAACAAGGUCUUAAGAGUAAAAUCGAGAUCCAGUGGUCCGAUAUUAUGGCUUUGAAGGCAAACUGUCCUGAAGAUGGACCUGGAACAUUGACUCUCGUGCUUGCUAGACAGCCCUUAUUUUUCCGGGAAACAAACCCACAGCCUCGAAAACAUACUUUGUGGCAGGCAACAUCAGAUUUUACUGAUGGUCAAGCCAGCAUGAACAGGCAGCAUUUUCUGCAAUGUGCUCAAGGGAUAAUGAACAAACAUUUCGAGAAGCUUGUUCAAUGUGAUCAUCGUCUAUUCCAUCUAAGCCGACAGCCAGAGAUAGCUAUUGACUCUCCCUACUUUGAUGCACGUCAAUCAAUUUUUGAGGAUCCAAGUGAGUCAAAAGGCCAUCCGUUUGGCAAUUUGAAUCUUAGCACAGGUCCUUCGAUCUCUGGGACUCAGAACUUAGCAUCUCCUGUUGGGGCUCAGUCAUCAUCUGAGCAUAUGUAUCUGUCUCAUGAAGCACCAUCACCCAGCUCAGUGAUAGAUGCUCGGGCAAAUGAAGGAAUAGGGGGUUCGGAAGCAGUUAAUUCAAGAAACAGAACGGAUUGUGGUCAGAUCGAAGCACCUGGACUACACCAAUCUAUGUCACUGAGUGAUUUCCUUGCAGUUCUCUGUGAUUCAAAAAACACAGCUGAUUCGAGUCUGGGUGAAGAAGUAGCUGGAGUACACCAAUCUAUGUCAGUUAGUGAUUUCGUUGCAUUUUUAUCUGAUUCAAGAAACAUCUCUGAUUCAGAUCAGAUAAAAGUACCUGGAAUACACCAAUCGAUGUCAGUGAGCGAUUUUGUUGGACUUCUCUCUGAUUCUGCUGGUGGAAGUCUUCCAGAACAUAUGGAGAAAUUUGAGAUCAUGAAACAGCAAUUGCUAAGUGAUAACAUCCAGUUCGAGGCACCAGAUGAGAGGUCUCUCAUGCCAAGGGUUAACUCUUUAUUCAACCUCUUGUACAAAGAUCCCAACGUCCCUGCUAACUCACAGCUCAAUACUGAAAUCUCGGUUGGAUUGAAGUCUGAACCCAAUGAUCUGAAGGGAAUUGUUUCUGACAACAACAACAACAACAGAGUUCUUGAUCCAGCUUCUAGCAGCAAACCACAGGGUAUGUUAAGGAAAGACUCAUUCAGCGAUUUGCUAUUACACCUCCCCCGGAUCACAUCCUUGCCAAAGUUCUUGUCCAACAUUUCAGAAGAAGAUGGUGAUGCAUAUAAUAGAUAAUUUAUAGAUUUCGCCUUUCUUUUAUGGAUUUGGCAAAUAUAGGAACCUGGACUAGUAGCUUUUCUGUUUUUUUUUUUUUUUUUUUUCUUGUACAUCAAAAUUAUAUCUUCGGUACCUACACCCCCCACAAGGAUUUGAAGAAAACGUAUUUUGGUAAUUAAUUUA